AUGUUCCCUGUGAGACAGACUUGUUUUCUAGUCUCCCGCCUACCUCACAUCCGAACAUUGAAGGUACCAGCUAUGACCACAAAAGAUACCCCCAAUGAAUUUGAUCAAUAUCUGCAUGAGGAGGUGAGACAGGCGAAGCAGACGCAGGAGAACAAGUUGAAGAAACGGAAAGUUAACGUAACGACGAAGGAACUGCGUGACUCCAAUGGGUUCCGGCUUCGCUGGAAUGAAUCGAAUAAGUUGAAACAGAAACAGGAGGACCCCGAUUACGACGCUGUAAUUGAGAAUGGGUUACGGAAGAUCAAACCGUACUACUUCACUUACAAAACUUUCUGCAAGGAGAGAUGGCGGGAUCGGAAGUUGUUAGAUGUGUUCGUCAGCGAAUUCCGCGAUAGGGACAAGAAGUAUUACCAAAGGGCUAUCGAGGAAGGUUCUGUGUUUCUUGACGGAAAACCUGCAAACCUUGACAGUGUGGUCAAGAACGGUAAUCUGAUAACGCAUCAAUUGCAUAGACACGAACCUUCAGUGACUGCAAAUCCCGUGAAGGUUGUAUUCCAAGACGACGAUAUUUUAGUGAUCGACAAACCCAGUGGGAUCCCCGUGCAUCCAACUGGCCGCUACCGUUUCAAUUCUGUCACAAAGAUGUUGCAGAGAGAUUUGGGGAUUGCGGUCCACCCUUGCAACCGACUGGAUAAGCAAACCAGUGGGUUGAUGUUUCUCGCGAAAACACCGAAGGGUGCUGAUGAGAUUGGAGACCAACUGAAGGCGAGGGAGGUCACGAAGGAGUACGUUGCCCGCGUGGUGGGGGAGUUCCCCCGGGAAGAGAUUACGGUAGAAAAACCAUUGAAGACGUUAGAGCCUAGGGUUUCCCUCAAUGUGGUGUGUCAAAUAGAUGAUGAGAAUGCCAAGCAUGCCAAAACAGUAUUCCAAAGGAUCAGUUACGAUGGUAAGACGAGCAUUGUAAAAUGUAAGCCGUUAACUGGGAGACAGCACCAAAUCAGAGUCCAUUUGCAGUACCUGGGCCAUCCGAUUGCGAACGACCCGAUCUACUCGAACCCGAGUAUAUGGGGGGAUGCGCUGGGUGCUCGCGGGGAAGCUGACUUCGACGAUGUGAUCACGAAGUUGUACGAGAUCGGUAAGACCAAGUCAGCUCAGAGCUGGUACUUCAGAGACUGCAAAGGUGAGGUGCAAAGAGAGGAGAAAUGCACAGACUGUGGAACCGACUUGUACACUGAUCCAGACCUAAACGGGUUGAUUCUAUGGUUGCAUGCGUACAAGUACGAGUCCUCCAUCUUGGACGACGAAACGGGCAAGAAGAAGUGGAGUUACCGCACGUCCUUCCCUCAAUGGGCUCUGGACCCUCACAAAAAGUACAUGGAAUUUGCUAUAGAGGAGGCUCGCAAGUGUGGCCCCACGACCACCGCAUUCAGUGUCGGAGCUGUUUUAACCAACGGCACCGAUGUGUUAGAGGUAGGAUACUCCAGAGAACUACCGGGCAACACACACGCUGAGCAGUGCGCCCUAGAGAAGUAUUUUACCAAGACGGGUCACAGAAGGGUCCCCCCGGGGACGGUUCUAUACACGACCAUGGAACCAUGCUCGUUUCGACUAAGCGGCAACGACCCGUGUGUUCAGCGGGUACUCUCCCUCGGAGGGGACAUACAGACGGUGUUUGUCGGCGUCAUGGAGCCAGACACCUUCGUCAAGAACAAUACAAGUCUCACUCUCCUGGAAAACGCGGGAAUCAAUUACAUCCAAAUCCCAGGGUACGAAAGUGAGUGUACAAAGAUAGCCUUCCAUGGGCACCCAGACCAAACGGCCUGA